GGCAGGCAGGCAGGCAGGCGCUCACCCUCAGGCGGGCCCCGCGGCGGUGGCAUGUCGGCGGAGCGCGUAUGGAGACUAUACCUUCUGUAAAGUUUUGUGGAAGAUAGAGGUGUGUGCUGCAAUGGUUACAUAAAUACCUCAGAGGAUUGGAACAAGUUGUCGAGAAUCUGUGUUUGUUUUUAAUGCUGCUGUCAAGAACAAUCUAAGGCAAGUAAACAACAUGAGUUUUAUCCUGAAACUUCACAGACAUUUUCAAAGGACAGUUAUUUUGCUGGCCACUUUUUGUAUGGUGAGCAUAGUUAUUUCUGCAUAUUACUUGUAUAAUGGCUACAAACAGGAAAAUGAACUUCCUGAAAUCUCUUCAGAAGUGGAAUGUGGUGAUCCUCAACUGUUGCAGUACAAGCUGAUGGAGAUGAAGACCAUGAAGUCCGUUGACCCCCUGAGGACAGAUCUUGUAGUGCUGGUGUUUGUGGAAAGUCAGUAUUCAGCACUAGGCCAAGAUAUAAUAACCAUUUUAGAAUCUAGUAGAUUUCAGUUUCACAUUGAGAUUGCAUCCGGGAAAGGUGACCUCCCAGUGCUUAUAGACAAAAAUAAAGGCAAAUAUGCUCUCAUAGUAUAUGAAAAUAUUCUAAAGUAUGUGAACAUGGACUCCUGGAACAGAGGCCUUCUAGAUAAGUACUGUAUAGAGUAUGGUGUAGGUGUUAUUGGAUUUCACAAAGGUAAUGAGAACAGCUUGCAGAGCUCUCAGUUGAAGGGCUUUCCUUUCCAUGUCCACAGCAAUCUGGGUAUAAAGGACUGUUGCAUUAACCCUCAUUCCCCACUGCUUCAUGUGACUAAAUCUUCUAAGCUUGAGAAAGGUCCAGUGCUUGGAAAUGACUGGGCAGUUUUCCACGUUAAUCAUACGACUUAUCAACCAGUGAUAUUUGCUAAAGUAAAGACAGCAGAAAACCUUUCACCACCUGCUGCUAUAAGUGCUCUCUAUGCCACGGUAAUUCAUGAUCUGGGGCUCCACGAUGGGAUUCAGCGAGUCCUUUUCGGCAAUAACUUGAAUUUUUGGCUGCACAGGCUGAUUUUCAUAGAUGCUGUCUCUUUCCUGUCUGGCAAGAGGCUCAGACUGUCCUUGGAUAGGUAUGUUCUGGUUGACAUCGAUGACAUCUUUGUUGGGAAGGACGGAACAAGAAUGAACACCAAUGAUGUACAGGCCCUGCUUGACACUCAGAAUCUUUUGAGAGCUCAAAUUACAAAUUUUACUUUCAACCUGGGAUUUUCAGGGAAAUUUUAUCACACAGGGACUGAGGAAGAAGAUGAAGGUGAUGACCUGCUGUUGAGAUCUGCGGAUGAGUUUUGGUGGUUUCCCCAUAUGUGGAGUCACAUGCAGCCUCACCUCUUCCACAAUGAGUCGUCACUGGUGGAGCAGAUGAUCCUCAACAAAAAAUUUGCCUUAGAACAUGGUAUUCCAACUGAUUUGGGCUAUGCAGUGGCUCCACACCAUUCUGGAGUCUACCCAGUACAUGUUCAACUCUAUGAUGCCUGGAAAAAGGUCUGGAAUAUCAGAGUUACCAGCACAGAAGAAUACCCACACCUAAAGCCUGCACGAUAUAGGCGAGGCUUCAUCCACAAAAAUAUCAUGGUGCUUCCUAGGCAAACCUGUGGCUUAUUCACCCACACAAUUUUCUAUAAAGAGUAUCCUGGAGGCCCAAAGGAACUAGACAAAAGUAUUCAAGGAGGAGAGUUGUUCUUCACAGUGGUUCUCAAUCCAAUUAGCAUCUUCAUGACACAUUUGUCCAAUUACGGAAACGACCGCCUGGGAUUAUACACCUUUGUGAACCUGGCCAAUUUUGUUCAUACCUGGACAAACCUGAAACUGCAAACUCUUCCUCCGGUUCAGCUGGCUCACAAGUAUUUUGAACUGUUCCCUGAGCAGAAGGACCCUCUCUGGCAGAAUCCCUGUGAUGACAAACGGCACAAAGAUAUCUGGUCGAAAGAAAAAACCUGUGAUCGAUUACCAAAAUUCUUGGUUGUAGGACCCCAGAAAACUGGUACCACAGCCUUGUAUUUGUUCCUGAUCAUGCAUCCUUCCAUCAUUAGUAACUCCCCCAGCCCAAAAACCUUUGAGGAGGUACAGUUCUUUAAUAGAAAUAACUACCACAGGGGGAUUGAUUGGUACAUGGAUUUCUUCCCCACUCCUUCUAAUGUCACCACUGACUUCCUCUUUGAGAAAAGUGCCAACUAUUUCCAUUCUGAGGAAGCUCCUAAACGAGCUGCUUCCCUCAUCCCCAAGGCCAAGAUCAUCACCAUCCUCAUUGACCCGUCCGAUCGGGCAUAUUCCUGGUAUCAGCAUCAGCGAUCACAUGAAGAUCCUGCAGCUCUAAAAUUCAGCUUCUAUCAAGUGAUCACAGCUGGACCUCGAGCACCAUCUGAGCUUAAAGCUCUCCAAAAGAGAUGCCUAGCACCAGGAUUGUAUGCUACACAUAUUGAAAGAUGGCUAACUUACUUCCCACCUUAUCAGUUGCUAAUUAUUGAUGGACAGCAGCUGAGAACUGACCCGUCUACUGUAAUGGAUGAAGUACAGAAGUUCCUGGGAGUCUCUCCUCAUUAUAAUUACUCUGAAGCCCUAACGUUCGAUUCACAUAAAGGUUUCUGGUGUCAGCUCCUGGAAGAAGGAAAAACAAAGUGUCUUGGAAAGAGCAAAGGAAGAAAAUACCCUCCUAUGGAUUCUGAGUGCAGGGCUUUUCUGUCAAGCUACUACAGAGAUCACAAUGUGGAACUGUCAAAACUCCUACACAAACUGGGACAACCCCUGCCAUCAUGGCUGAGACAGGAGCUACAGAAAGUAAGAUAGCAUUGAAACACAGCUUUUUGAAAUCUCUCUUCCAUACUUCAGUCAUCAUAUAUGAAGUCUCCAGGAGCUACUAGAAGGUCUUGUAAAAUAUACUUCUUCAAAAAAGAGUAAAAGAUAGAUAGAAAUUAUUUCCAUGUGCUGGCAUGUGGAUUGUGAAAAUACAUGUGUUUCUUAGAGUUCCGGUGGGCCAGAUCUUUCUCACAAACAUUUCUGGGCCUGUGGACUUGUGGACCGCUGUGCACAUAUGUAGAAGUUAUUUGCAACUGGUAUAAGUUUGAGAUACGUGACCUGUCCAAUUUCACGGUAAAUACAUAUAUAUAUACACGCACAUUUUUAUAUAUCAGUUUAAAAGUACUGUGUCUCAUGUAGGUUUUAUAUCCCAUUGUUAGACCACUGACAGUUUUUCUUACUGUUUGAUUAUUGUCUUGCACAAAAUAAGAAAACUUGAUGUAGCACAAAAAAUGCCAAGUGUACUUCAGGGUUAGAAGUACAGUUAUUAUAUGUGAUUUAGCUGUGCACAGCAACAAAAUACACAGAGCAAAAUAUGGAAGCCACAGGCAAAUGCAAUGUAGAAACACCCCCCACUCCCACACCCCCAAGAAAACAUUGCCUAUGAUUAUAGCCUGUAACAACAUACCCUUACAAUAUGGUAAAGGCCUUUGACCACAAUUAGUGUGUAUGAUUUUGGACUGACUGAAAUGGCAAAAUACAGAAUAUAGUCAUUAUCUGAGCAGAAAUUGAAUUGGACAUGUGAAGUACAAAAGCUGCAGUAUAAUUCUUAUGAGCAGUAUUUUACUUACACAAUUGUGAACGAAACUGAAGUAGUGCAAUGAACAGGCUUUUACUCCUGGCUUCCACAAGCAGCCAGACACUGCCCUCUGGGCUUACAUUGCUGUGAAUCAGGAGCAACUCUGCUGAAAUUAAUAAAAAACUCACAAAAAGCAGAAACGCAUCCAUACUUAGAUUGUCUUAAUUUGCACCACUAUUUUUUCCAUAAUUUAUUUGCCUUCAGUCUCUAUGGUUUGUAUAUUCUAAGAUCCCUCAACCUAAUCAAAAUCAUAGCAUCUUUCAGCAACCUUCAGUUUAUGUCAGCUGCAAAAAUCUGUCACAUUUCCAGAUGAAAAUACUGGUUCUGGUUCCAGAUGUUUUCAACAUGUUUUGUAUUAAACAUUAGGAAUAAUCUGUAGGGGAAAAGAAAUAAACACAGUAUGUAGUCAUGGUAGAAAAUUACACUCUAAUCAUGGGAGGCACAAAUAUCCAGCCUUAUGUUUAUGUCAUACAUUUCAAUGAUACAUCUCAUAGUGUAUCAGUUGAGAUGUGAGAUAAAGUCUAAUUAAUAGUAAGAAAAAAUGGGGAAAGAGGAUGAAAGAAAACUUCAGCUGAGGAUGGCCUUGCUGCUUCUCCACUGAACUUUGACUGAGUGUUUCUUAGAGGCAUGAAGAGGUAGUGAAAAUGAAACAGAACUGCAGUACUAAAUGCAAUGCUUUUUACAGUAGCUGUAUAACAUUAUGAUUUGGUUUAGGGUGAAUAGUUAAAAAUACGCAUCAAAUGGUGGGAAAACUUCAUGUGUCUCAAUGCUGCUUUCCAACAUUUAUGUAAUCAUAUAAUUUAACUUUCAAGGUAAUAGAAUGGAAACCAGUCUGUUAUUCCCUAAACAAAAAAGGGAUGUUGAAAUCCUUACUGUACCUCUAACUGGUAAUCUUUAUUAUUUAUUGAUUUUGUAAUAUGUGGUUUUGAUAGGUCUGUAAAGAAAAAGGUCUAGGCAAAUUUGCUGUAUUUAACAAUAUUCUUUACACAACAAGUUUUUGCUAAGGGAAAAUGCAUGAGUAAUGAUGAGGACCUUCUAGAGUAGACAUUUUUAAGAUUAACAUCUUUAUUAUUUAUUAGACAGAGUAAGAGCUUUCAUUUCACUUUAAAUAGUCACUGUCAUAUGGAUUUGUCCCAGAGGCUGACUUGUGAAGUACUU